AAUGCACUCCUGCUCCCCUUUCUGAGGCCCCGCUUCACUGUUAUCACUCUUAAAGGACUUUGAAAAGCUGUUGCAUCAUACUACAUAAUAUAGCAAGCUUGUCCUCAUAGCCAAUGAAAAUCAGGCCUUUUUCAAACGAAGAGCAUACUGUGGUCUGAACUAUUUAUCCCGCGUCUCCAUUAAGGUCCUGGAAUCACUACAUCAUCUUCAUCCUGCCAAGACGUCUGACUUCUCCAAGUUGUUUAAUUAUUGAUUCCCGAAAAUGGAAAAGAAGACAUGGUCAAUGCUUGAGAACAACCCCGAUGUAAUGAACAAACUGGCAGCGAAGUUGGGUUUAUCAUCCGAGCUCCAAUUCUACGACGUCUAUUCAUUGGAUGAACCCGAACAACUCGCAUAUAUCCCUCGGCCUGCUCUUGCUCUGCUAGUCAUCAUUCCUCUAACACCAGCUUGGGAUCGAAGUCGCACCGCCGAAGACGCCAACAAAGAACCAUACACUGGGUCUGGCCCUGACGAGCCAGUCAUCUGGUUCAAGCAGACUAUCGGCCACGCCUGCGGCUCGAUCGGUCUGCUCCAUAGCGUGAUCAACGGUCCGGCUGUCGACUUCAUCCAGGCUGAUUCCGAUCUCGCGACGAUACGAAACCUCGCCAUAUCGCUGGAUAUGACCAAACGCGCCAAAAUGCUAUACAACAGCGAACCAUUCGAGCGGGCUCACAAGUCGGUCGAGCAGGCCGGCGACAGCUAUGCCGAUCCGAUGGAUGAGCGUGAUGGUGGCCAUUUUGUGAGCUUUGUCAAGAGCGGUGGGAAGCUGUGGGAGCUUGAAGGGUUGAGGAUGGGUCCUCUGGAGAGAGGAAGUCUGGCUGAUGACGAGGACGUUCUCAGUCCACGAGCGCUUGACAUGGGUAUCAGGAGAAUCAUCAAGUUGAACAUGGAUGAAGGAGGUGAGAGCCUUCAAUUUAGCUGCAUUGCUUUGGCUCGCAGGUCUUAGACUCUGGCUGGGAAUCGGCGCACGUAUUACGAACUCACUAUGCUCCUUUCGAUCUAGCCAGAUUCGAGAAGAUAUUGUCUUUCUGCAGAUUAAGCGAGCCAAGUUAGACAUCAACGAAGUUGAGUACGAAAGCGAUGUAUAAUAUUGAGUGCGCAUAUCAACCUGGUUUAACAAAAGUCUGGUGUGUAUGCUGAAAUAUAUUUCAG